UGUAGAGACGUAGGCUUCUGAGUGUCUUGAUGGACUUGACAGGUAACCUCAAAAAGUAAAAAGCUAAACUUUUUAUAAGUUAAAAUGAGUCUUGCUAAAUACGCAACUGGAUUGCUGAGGCCCGACCUUAACAAGCAGUUUCAGCAAGUGAGGCACAAAUGGGUUAACCGAUGGAUGGCUAGGGACUACAAACGAAGAAUGACUGUAACUGAAUACGCGCCUACAAGGUUGCGAAUCAACUCCCUCAAAAGAAAUGACAUCCUGCCACCAGAACUCCAAGAAAUAGCCAGUGCUGAAAUAAUGGCACUGCCCAGGGACUCGCUUUUGAAUCAUUUAACUUACAGAUGUGUCAUAACUUCCAGGCCUCGAGGCGGGGUGCCCCCUUGGCGACUUAGCCGCAUUGUUUUCAGACAUCUUGCCGAUUAUAAUAAACUGUCUGGCGUCCAAAGAGCAAUGUGGUAAAAGAAUAGUAGUUGAUCAAGAAAUGGUGUAGAGUAA